AUGUCCAACAUGGAGAAGCAUCUGUUUAAUUUGAAGUUUGCUGCAAAGGAACUCAACAGGAACUCUAAAAAAUGUGACAAAGAAGAAAAGGCUGAGAAAGCUAAAAUUAAAAAGGCAAUUCAGAAGGGUAACAUGGAAGUCGCACGGAUACAUGCGGAAAAUGCAAUCCGACAGAAGAAUCAAGCCAUCAAUUUCUUGCGCAUGAGUGCCAGGGUAGAUGCUGUAGCAGCAAGAGUUCAGACUGCAGUGACAAUGGGCAAGGUAACAAAGUCAAUGGCAGGGGUAGUUAAGUCUAUGGAUGCCACACUGAAGAGCAUGAACUUGGAAAAGAUAUCUGCACUAAUGGAUAAAUUUGAGCAUCAAUUUGAAACACUAGAUGUUCAGACACAACAGAUGGAAGACACAAUGAGCAACACUACUACACUAACAACGCCACAAAACCAGGUGGAUAUGCUUCUACAGGAAAUGGCAGAUGAAGCAGGUCUUGAUCUGAACAUGGAACUACCUCAAGGACAGACAGGUUCUGUUGGUACAAGCGUUGCUUCCGCAGAGCAGGAUGAGCUGUCACAGAGACUGGCCCGCCUACGUGAUCAAGUUUAAGUCAAACAAAGCUGCGGUUCUUUGUACAUGUUUUCAAAGCACCUUUUCUGUAGCUGUUCCUUCACUACACAAGAGAGGUGUAUACAGUAUGGCUUAAAUAUUUGAAUACUUGUAAUAUAGGGUUCUUCACUCCUAGCUUGCUAGUGUUUCUAAAAUUCAUUAAGUAACCCAAAUAUAUCAUCUCUUUAAUGUCCUUUCCUGUACAUUUUGAAGUUGAUAUAUUUUUGCAAGCUUUUUUCACAAAAGCAAGUUGAUGUUUUAAGCCAGCUAGUAAUGUUGGUACAUUUUAGCUAAAGGAAAAGCAGGGUGUCAUUGAUAAAUAUUCUAAAUUAUGAAGUGAUUUCUUGUUUUGUUUUAAAUUAUGAGAACUGUUUAUGGUUGGAGAACUGAUGUAUUCAGUUCAGAUGAUAGUUGUUGUUAACUUUGUCACACAGCCAAACUCCUGGAACAUGCAAAGGUGGACAGUGUGGACUUAAUGGAAAAUAUGCUUGUUAAAUACUUUGAGGGUUUUAGUCAUUUAAAGCUAGGGUAAUUGAGCUGAAAUUAAUGGUUUAGUUAAAAACUGAAUUAUGAAAGCUGUUUUCAUAUAAUUGGGAACUUGUACAGUAUCAUCACUUCAGUACAGGAGGAAUAAAAUGUAUUUUUCAACUCUUUGUCAGUUCUGUUGAAUGUUGCAGCUUGCUUGUAGAAUAAUGUCAAGUGCUAUAGGUUCUUCAUUUUGCUUUCUUCUCAGUAUCCUGGGGUGCAGCCAGUUAUGCCACUCACACCUCUUUUCUAUGUACAUCUAGUUCCUGUUAACAGGGAGCUCAUGCUAUCUGUUUUUAUAGAUUUGAGCUCAGAAGCCUUAUAUGAAAUAACUGAAGCCUGCUUUUCUCCAUUCCUUCUUACUCUGUCUUUGCUUUUAAUCUCAUCACUUCUUUAUACAUAAGGACAAGUGAUCAUAUUUUAUGCUUCAGUGCUUUUUCAUACGUGAAAGAUACGGAAGUGCUCUUCCUCAGGUUGAGAUCUUCAGUUCUCCUUCAGCAGUUGGGGUCCAGCCCUGUCUUCUCCGAACAGGAGAAGACCCUUAGAUCAGCUUUUCCUCCUCUGCACUUUGUAUCAGGUGAGAUGUGGGUCAGUUGAAGGGGGUUAGGUUGCUAUUAUACCUCAGUUUUUGAGGUACAAUGUUGCUCUCUGCCAAUAAAAUAAUAUCAUUUUUAGUAUUGUGGUUGUAUGUAGAACCUAGUUUGUGUUAAUGAUACCUUUGUAUUUCUGCACAGUUAUGAGAAUCUACUGGCUUCUUUCAGUAGCUUCCAACACUUGCUGCAGUUGUGAAUAAAUGGUUGUAGAAACCUGUAGCUGAGACUGCUUGUGAUGUGUUGCUAACAGUGAUGCUAAAAUUACCUUUCUGACUUCUGAGGCUUAUUUUCUUGUUUUAUCUUUAUAGGGGUGAGGGAAGGUGUGAAGCACUAGACUUGGAAUUAGUUCUGAAUUCGCUGGUGUUCAGGAUCACUUGGAAUUCCCAGUUUUGGGAAGUAUUUAAGAAAAAAACGAUACUUUGCUUUUUUUAGUCAGGCAGGAUUUUUUCAGUGAAAAUGUGCAAAAAUGGUGAAACAUUUCAGAGCAGUUUCAAACUAUGUUUUGAAUGUGUUUCUUGAAUCACUCUGAAGGUGUAGAGGGAUGUUACAUGCUGAAGUAUUCAAGGCUACUGUAUAAAGAUAAGGAAACCAAGAUAAGACAAAACCAGCCUAAAAUGCUGUGGAAUUCUCUCUCACACUGGCAGCCUAAACUAAAACAGUUUGUUUCAAAUGUGGCCCUUUCACUUGUUUACAUUUCCUUUCAAUGCAGCUUUCUUUUCAAUGCCUUGAAUGUUUCUCUUAUAAAUAGGAGAAACUGUAAGAUGUUUAAAAAUGUUGUGCUCACAGCUGUGAUCUUGGUAAAAUCCUUCCAAUUUAUUAAAAACCAUCGUAGGAAAGGGCUACAUACUACAUAUAUUUUUUUCCCCAAGCUCCUUCUGAACACUAUAACAAUACCAUAGUGGUGUAUCUAUGCAACCAGGUUACCCCCAGCUGGGUAACUGCUUGUGUGUGUGCCUUUGCCUUGCUGAAUUUAGUUUAUAUUCUUUUAAACUCAAUUACUUCAUCUCAUUAGAGGAUUGGAAACUCAUUGUUGUGUAAUAACAGCUCCACACCUCAGUUCACUUUGUGGUUGCUUGUGGAUUCAGCUGUGCUAUGAAGUCCUGAGGUUUUCACUGCUUAAUAUUAGACAACUUCAGUUCGUUUGUCAGGCUCCUGCUAAUGUUAAAGCUUAUGCUGCCUUUAGACUGUUCCUGGCCAUUCUUAAGCUAUGAGGAGGCAAACAGCAAAUCUGAGGUUCAUUUUCUGAGUAUGUUACCUUGCUGUGAGCCUUGGGGCUUGCCUCCGGGGAGUUUAAAAAUAGAGGGAGAUGAGACAGAUCAGACUGCUGCAAGUCAACUAUUAAAUAAGCUUCAUUAUCUUACUGGCUAUACACAGCCUCUUCUGUGGUUUCAAUCUCAUUUCAGGCUUCCGAAUUCCAGUACCAGAAUAAAUUUCCAGUAUCCUUCAAAGGGAUUGACAAGUAAACAUACGUGCUAGACUGACACAACUAAUGCUACCCCAGCAGACCUAUGAUGCAAAGAGGUAGGCAGGCUUAGGUGAAUGGGGGAAGAAAUAACGUCUUUGAAACAAUGAAUCUGUGCCCUGCUGACUUCACUCCAGACACACUGAGUGUUUCAGCAGAGCCAGGGCUAGCCCCUUCUGUGUGUAGAACUCCUGCCCUCUCCUGGAAGAAACUGUUUCUCUUUAGAAGCACUUGUGUCUGUUGGCAUUCAGGAAGUUUUAACAGUUAUUUUGUGAAUAUGUGUAUUUUUUCUUUCUCAAGUCUGUUGGAAAUGCUUGAAACUGAAAGUUACUCUUAAAGCAGUGUUUGAGUUUCAUAUCCUUCCUCCAUUCAGGCUCUCCUCAAAACAAUGGCUCUUUUAUGACAGCCCUGGCUUCUCACUCCUGUGUUUCUUGUAAGUUGUCUGUGUUUGUAGAAGUUCAUUUCAUGUUAAAUAAAUAAUGUGCACUUUUAUGUAACCUUGCUACCAGAUAAUAUUUCAAUCUUUGUGCUCAUGAGCAGACACAUCUACAGUGAAACAUUGCUUGAAAUGUUGAAAGAUGGUUUUGCUUGAUGUUUUUUUCCUUGAUUCCCAAUGCUGGUUGUGUAGACCAGCAUUAGUCUUCAUUCAUUUGAAUUCCAGAAUGAAAAGCCAUGAAGAGCUUCAGAUGAAAGCAGAAGGGAGGAAAAGAACAACUUGAACUUUCUCAAUUGCAGUGGGAUAAAAUGAUCAAGUUGCCUUUGUGGAGAUCCUCAGAGCCAAAAAAUAGUGACAUUUUGUUAAAUGUAAUAGCAGUUGUGUACAGAGAUCAGUUCUGAAGCUGGUGACAUGUAUAGAGAGGAGAAUAAUUUUUGUAGCUCUGGUAGACUUCAGUUUGAAAACUGCUUUACUUGUAAGGGACAAUUGUAAAUGUAACUGCAAGUGGUCAAUAAAACUGUACAGACAACUUCA